AUGACCUCCCUUUUACCAGCGGCGGAGUCGCAUGAUGUGAGGAGCGUAGAAACUACUGAUGUAUCUUCCUCCUACACAAACCCUGCAGGGGCACCACAUGUAUCUCCGUCCUCCUCCUCAACGGCGGAGAAGAAGAGCGUAGGAACCAUGCUUUUUAGCAAGACACUCUUCAGUUUACCCCCAGUCAGUUCAGUUCAUCGUUGUCAGGAGGACGGAUCCAACCGUACUCUUAUGGCAUUUCCAGUUGAUGAUAAACACCUACUCGUGGUUGUUGGUCCCAGUUCGGCUGCCAGUGACACCACCACGUCGCUGUACGUUGUGCGGCAGACUGUAGGAGGCUCCCAAACGUGUGGUCGAGUUUGCUUGCCCAUUGCUACCGUUUCGGGAUGUGUACGGGACGAAAGCGGGCACAGCAUUUCGCAACACGAGAAGAGGGGAAGUUUUUUGAUGUCCGAACAAUCUACCGAUAACGUGGACGGGGGUCGGUCACCUGACCGUUCCUCCCGGCUCAUAUCGCCCCUGGAUGAGUCUGUUGAUACCGGUUCAGUUGACAAUGAUAACAGCACCCCCCAAAAUAGGGUAGUUGGAGGAACGAAUGCUUCUGAUCAGGAGUUCACCAACAGACAUAACCCGUCUCAUGUAUAUUUAGUUGCCGAUGCCGCGGGCCAUGCCAUUUGGGCGGUUGAAGUUAAUACGGAGUCAUUAGGGGCUCGUAUUGUACCGGCUUGUUGCUACUGGGGGCAGUGUAUGCAUGACGGCAAAGUGGACGGUGUGAAAGCGUCGACACGAGGCCAGCACCAAAAAGGUUGUGUGGCGAGUGCGGUGCCACUUCUUGGGGGUUCUAAGGGGUUUGCUGAUGGGCCGUUCCAGGUAGCGCGCUUCAACUCCCCUUCUUCACUCUGUUGGGGCGCCGAUAUGGAAGGUGGAAAAGGAAGAAAACCCCGAGAAUGUGCCGUGCUGUUUGUGAGUGACGAGGGGAACCAUGCCAUAAGGCAAGUGGAUCUUGAGAAGGCGCUGGUCCGCACCAUUGCUGGUAUUGGUGGUGUGUCUGGUUACCGUGACGGCGGGUACACUGCGUCGCAACUGCAACGUGCAGCAGUAUUACUUUGGAGUUCUGCCGGGCUGCUGUUUGUUGACAAGCCAAACCGUGCUGUUCGACUGAUCGCACAAACUGCUAGGGCGGAAGAUGGUGACAGCGGGAACAUCAUGAAAAAGCCUCCACCACUCACCAGUGUCACAGCACCUGCUCAUCCACAUGUAGAGACUGAAGGAGACAAGAAGGAGAGGAGUAAGCAAGGGGAAGAAGUCUGCGAAGAUGAAGUGCAAGUUUCUACAGUUGCUGGUGGGAUUUCAAGUGGUGUGGCGACUCCGUUUGAUGACGAUGACAUCCGCUGCUCGUCCCUGGGAACUUCAACAGCUGCAGCAGUCAUGCCAGACGGCAGUGGAAUACUCUUCGCCGAUGGAGGCAGUGGUGCACUUCAGCUGCUCUCUUCACAGGGUAUAAAAAUGAUAGUUUCUCCGCAUGGGCACGGAAACUCCAGUGGCAUUCCUCCUGGCUUGGUUGGUUGCACGCAUCUUGUGGCUUGCAAAUUAAUUUUGCAUUCGAGCGCCUCACCACACAUUGCAUUUCUCGCUAGCAGUGGGUCCAAUCAAACAGUCUCAAUGCUCGUCUUGCGUGGCGGAGCAGAUGACGGUGGGAUGACGAGUUUUAAUUAUGACGGCCACACUAAUAUGCUGCUGCAGUUCGCAGCAACCUCCGAGUUGCAAAGGGGUGUUCUGCGCAGAUACAAGAAAGUUGAAAAUAGGGCAGGCAGUGAUUACCAGAGCACAAAAGUUUCCGCAACUGGGACGACGACUGCUAGUAAUGAUUGCCAUGUCAAAAGGCUAUUCGACGAAGCACUUGGUGAUCUGGAUGGAAAUGUGACCCCGGCCACACAAACGGUACGAACAUCACGCACUUCAUGCGCUAAAGCGUUACCUUGGAAAACUUCUUCGGGCGAUCAGCAGUUGACCGACCGUACAGGAAGGGCUGCUGGACGAGUUCUAGAUAUUUAUAUGCGUUAUGCUCGGCGCCUCACACGACAACACAUGGGGUUUGUAACAUGCUCACCCAGAUGCAAACACUACCUCCGUAAUCUGUGGGGAGCCCGUUCACUUUCCUUGAUUGGUUUUUGGCGGAUGGUUACGCAUGCUGGCUAUUUUGCCACGUGUUCUGCACCCACAGCUCCCUUAAUGUUUCCGUCGUGGGAUGGGAGGUCACCAACAAGAGAUGCGAGAAGACAAAAGGGCAACAGUGUUCUUCACUUGAAUCUAUGUGACUGGCGCAUUGCCCUCGAGCUUUUGUAUGAGUGGAGUAUCCGCAGACAUGGACAUCACGUCGUCUCCCUAAUGGAACCAGCCUAUUUUUCUCGAGUGCUUGUACUGCUAUAUCGAUGGAGGGGAAGCAUGCAGCAGCAGCCGACAACGCAACAAGGUGAAGAGGGUGUGUUGUUAAGCCCCGAGUGGUUCGCCGAUGGUUUAUUUGAUGAAAAUGAUAGCGAGGUGGUGGUCGCUGCGCACGAAGAUUUCCUCAGUCGCAUAAAGAAUGCGAAGGAGUUGCUGCGCGGGGCAGCGAAGGCUCGUGGGGGCGAUGGGAGGCAACAGGAGGGUGAUGAAGUGAAGAUUCUAGGGGAUGAGACGCUGCAACUCCUCCUGCUCAAUGAAGGUCCACUAAGACAACUGUUUAAUGCCUACGGUAAAACGACAUUCAUCACCACGAGGUCAACGGUAUCGCAUGACUCGACGAAGAAACCGAUUCUUGCGAUGCUCCGGCUAAGACAGUCAUUGAAUAUUGGUCAAGAAUAUGACAAAGUUCCGUUGGACCAUGUGGUUGGGAUGCCUUACAAAGAAUUCAGGAGGCUUUUCUUUACAAUGGGUGUUUUCCCCACCCUUAUUACAGAGUCAUUACUUCGGCGCGCUUUUGUAGACUCCCUAAUGACACCUUUGUUCCGUAGCAUCCAGAUGGAGAUCCCGUCAGAAACAACGAGUAACAAGUGUAAAAAGACCAAAGGAGGUUCAGGGUCAAACGAAAUUAAACCGAAGGGAGGAAUACAUCAGUACGUCGAUCGGUCACCUUGUAAUGUGCAACGAUACGUCUCCGACAACGUCGAGCUUUCUUUUCUUAUUUUUGUUGAGGCAUUCACUCGAGUCGCUCUAACGAUAUUUUCACUCUGUCCCGAACACGACAGGAGGGCAUACCCAACCGCUGCUGCGAAGGUGGAGGCUCUCAUGCGCUGGAUCAACCGCUCUGUUGAACUUCACCACACGCGGGAGUGCGAUACGUUAUUCCAUAUCGGUUCUCAAAAGGGUGUGGCGCCGCCGGUAUCGUAUACGUUGCGGCAACUCAAUCGGCCGUUUCCUGCUUUUAUAUUGAACGGUAUAACCUCUACAACCAAAUGA